UAUAAUAAUAAUAAUAGGUCUGAAAAUCGUAUAGAAUGGUGGAAUGAUAAUAAAACAAAUGUUUGGCACUCAAUGUUAUGCGGGUAUCAAAAAGGUAGAAACGCUACUCAAAAUAGAACAUUGAACCAAUCAUGGUGUACUUUACCUGAUGACGAUCAGACUGAUCAGUUUCUUCGAUGGAUGACUGAAUGGGCAAAACAAGCAUGUAAAGAAAAAAUACAACUUUCCAAAGACGUAACGAAAAAAUGUAAUAAUAUUUUUAAUCAAAAGCAGACGCCUAGUAUAACAAAAAUUAAAGACACUAACUGUAAAUCAAUAUUUAAUGAUUAUAUGAACUGGUAUUAUAAGCGAAAUCCCCAAUGGAAGCAAUUGUCUGACAAAUAUAAUAGUUUUAAACACAAUAAUACUCAUGUUAAUGCUAAUCCAACUGAAGAAACUGCUGAGGAAUAUAUACAAAAUAAAUGUGUAGAUUGUGAUUGU